AUGGAGUGUGCGAAUAAUGUACCUGAGAGUCCCGAGGUGGGAUCGAAUUGCUAGUUCCUAUUUGGCAGAUGGCUUUUUCAUCAUUUUUUGGUUUUCGAGUCGGAUGGAACGUAACAAAUUACAACUUGCAGAGAAAAAAAAAAUGAGAGAAAAAUUAUCAGUAAUAGCACUUUAUCACGCACCUAGGUAACGAAAAUGCUCACGCUCGUUUGCCCUGCAAAUCUCUUUGAAAAAGUCAUAGUUCUGUUUGAGCAAGCAAUAAUGAGACAAAGGUGAAAAAUGGGGAAAACGAAGAAAAACAAGUCGAAAAUGCGACGGAGGCCGUGCAGUGGCUAUGGCAAACGCCCGGCGGCUAAUAAUAUUGCACCGGCACGACGUUGUUCGAAACAACAGCGAGAAAUGAUGUCAUUAUGGGAAAAAAAAAUUGAAUAUUAGGCCAAGCCAGUAUUGGGCGAUGAUUAGAUUUCAAAAAAGAAAAACUCUAGGUACAGUGGCCAGGGAACUUUCUCAACUUCUACUCUUAAUUUUUUCUAAAUCAGUCAAGAAAUAACUAAGUGGUUAACAACGUGAAUAAUUCAGUUUUGGGCAAACACUUUGCACAAAGAUCAAAUUUUUGAGCUUCACAGAAAAGAUCAUUUCCGUACAAUAAUCGGUUUUUUCAACAAAGUCGCUCCAAGUUUCUUAUCUUUGAUUUAACCAAACAUAAACCCGAAGCAAAUCAGCUGUAAUUCUAUAGAUAUAACUGAAAUAACCUAAAUUGUGAGGAUGAAUUAUGCCGCAAGGAACCGAAAUCAUCUUUAUAAGUCUCCUUUUUUUCUCGUUGAAUCAUUUCUCUUUUCAGCUAAACCAAAUCGUGGUCUCCUCGCAAACGGUGGCUCGAAUGCUGGUCGACCAGAACUGUCUGACCUCGCGACGCACUUUUAUUCCGCUCAAGGAGGUCCGACCCAAGUACAAAGUCCCGCGCAUUGAAAGGAAUCGCUGGGAAGACGCCGUCAAGCUGGUUUGUUUCAAAAUAUCAUUCUCAAGUUUCAAAUUUCGAUCAGAAAAAAAUAACGGUCGUAACAUCAUAGAUCGGUUUUGUCUUCUCGUUGAUUAUGUGCCUGAGUUUUUUUUUUCGUUUAUUUCUUUGUGAGAUAGCAGACUAGAAAUCGAAUAGUGAAAACUAGAAGGAAAAGCGUUUUCAAAAAAUGAAGUUUGCUGAAAGGAUCGAGCAAACACACGUGAGUUUAUGAAGAGACCUUAUUUUUCUAGUGGUUUCAUUUUUCCAAGUGGAGUAAUUUUUCCUCCUGAGCGAUGUCGUUUGCAGCUCAACGCAAUAAGCUUUUGUUUUCGAUUUUUAGUGAAAUUGAGGCAGAUGGAAUUAUGGAGUUAUAGAGGGGCAUCUUUUCUUCUGCUUUUUUUUCAUUUCUUGUUCCGAAAAAAUUGAGGCUUUCUCUCUCUUAAUCCCCUGAGGAUCCUCAGUUCGCAACCCCAUCCACCAUUCUUCAUGCUCGUUUCUAUGUCCUGAUCUGAAAUUGAAGUGCAAAAAACUUUUAUGCGCUUCCAAAAUCUGAUAAGACUGCAGAAGAAAACGUGUACCUCACGAAAUAAAACUAGAAUCUCAAAAAAAGGGUUUUAUUUUCAGUCACAUGAAUGAUGAAAAUGUUAUAUUGUACCUCAAAUCAAAAUAUUGUUUUGGUGGAAAUAUCAGCAGAUUUGUAGGGCGGAAGAGAAAGAUAUUGUGCCUACGACUGCCAGAUUUAGCAUGAAUAUAACGCUUUUUGUAGUCGAUUCCACCGCCUGAGGCAUUUGUUUUGGUGGAAUGGACGUGCAAAACGAAGAACUGAAUUUAUAGCAAGCAGUCUCGCAAACUCAAAAAUACUUGGCGAAGAAGAGGAGCGAGCUCCAGAUUGAACAAGGGAUGACAAGGACGGAGCAUUUUUUUAAAGCGUUCCUACAGAAAAUGCAACGGCUCGACAGAACAAGGGAGAAGGCUCUGGUUCAGAGCUCCCAAAUAUGAGUGUCGCUCCCACCACCAGGCAUUAUUCUUCUUCUGCGAAUAUGGAUUUCAGCUUGUUUUUUUUCGGCUUUGAGCCGCCUCGACGUGUUUAGGCCAUUCACCAUUCCGCGCAGCCCCCUUUUUUCUUCUUCUUCUCGUCGUGCCGUUUGUCGGCUUGCCUUAAUUGUCGAGUCAAGGCGGAGGCAAAAUCCUGAGGAUUUUCCGACUUUUAACCUUUUACCCAAAAAUCAACUCAAUGUGAAUGACCAGUAUCGUUUUCAAACGGAAAAAUGUGCGAAGUGACGUCGAGUUGAAAAUAGAGAACAUUUAGAAAGUACGAGAUGAGAGCAAUCAGCGAGGCUGACCCACCGCGGUUCUGAAUAGUGCUCAAUUUAGUAAAAUCACGUGUUCUAGGCGAUCGUCACUUCCAGGAAAGCAUUGAAGACGCGAAGAAGUUCUUCCAAAUGAGCACACUUGCAAUUAAAGAGCGCCUCUGUGCCCAUGUACUCCAACCUUGUUUUAAACUGAAGUUUCUUCACAGUGAAUAUUCAGACAAAAGAGAUAUGAAGAGACUAACAAACUUUUCCAGAUGGAAACCAUCUGAGUUGUUCUAUUAUGGAUAAAAAAUGAACGGAAAAAACAAGGUCACUCUGUUUUUUUUUCUAGUAGGAAAAAUUGCUGAUUUUGAAAUUUUUUUUCAACACGUUUCCAUGAAUGAUUCCUAAUUUUUGUUGUUAAGGCAGCCGACGAGAAUGAGAAAAUUCAUUUGCUGCUUGACCUCAUUGAGUACCCACCUGAGCUGCAGACCGUUUUUGAAAACAUUUUCGGAAAUGUGAGUUGAAUGAAAGGAUAGUUGAUUGUAUUGAAAUUAGAUUAUCGUGACGGAAACGCUCCGCGUGGCCAAGAAAAUCGCUUAUUCGCCGCUGGUACGACUGCGUGCGAUUUCGGCUCGAGGAGAUGACGCCAUGCCGAAGGGAAUCAUGACCGGAGGUUAUUCUGCUGUGCUUGCUCAAAAAUUGGGGGUUUUCAGGUCAUUAUAACAGGCAGUUGAUCAUCCCAGAGUUCCGCAACUUUUUCUCCUGGCGGGAGGAGGUCAAGGAAAAACAAGCGCGUUUCGAUGAGUUGCAAGGUAAAAACCUCUGUAAUCCUAAUAAAAAUGGAAGCAUUUUGCCUUUCAUACAUCUUGAAAACAAUAUGACGGGAGUGCAUCGGUGGAAAUUUUUGGUAGAUAGGAAAGGCGAAAAAUCCACAUUUCGUACAAUUUUUUGAUUGCUCUGAAGUUGGUACCCAAAAUAAUCUCUUUUGUAUUUUUGAUUUUAGAAAGUCGACUAACUUUUUUUGUCGACUAACAAAAAACGAAAAAAAAACUCGGCUUUUCAAUCAUGCUUCAAUUCUGUAACUGUCAACCGUUUUGCUCCCAUUCAUAACUCCAAAUUCAAGCGAUUUCCAAUUUGGACUUACUUCAAACUAAUAGGAAAAAUAAAAUUAGGAGACGUCUCAUUUCUUGGCGAACCUCCUCAAUCUUUACUUUGCCUUGAACAGGGUUUUGUUCAACGGAUAAUGAAGAUGCGAUUCAGUUGAAAUCCAACGAAACGCGACGAACUCGAAAAAGUUCUACGAGCUGAAGAGCACUCUUGACUCCGCGAGGUCUCGAUUGGACGCGAUCCGCGAGAAUUUGGCCAACUCGGAGCUCGGUGUCAUCGAAAGAGACUUGAAGGCAGCGGAAGAGGUUCGUCGCUUUCCGCUUUUUUUCAGUUGAUCAGCCGCUUCCAGGAGCAUGACGCGAUCUCGAAAGAUGUGAAUGAGAGAAAGGAAAGGAUGAAGAAUCUGGUUGACCUUGUCAACGAGCUGGAAUCCCGAAAGAACAAUGAGAAAGUCUAUCAGGUAUGCUAAUGUCAAAUUAGAUUCUUCCGAGUUUUUUUUUUUCGUUUCGAGAAUGUCUUUUUGAUUUAUAAGUGAGACCUGAUGAAUGUUCGUUCUCGGUGUCUCUAACUUACCUCAGCACUAAAAAUUUAUUUUAGGAACGUGAGAAGAAGAAAGUGAAAGACCGACUGAACGUAAUGGAAAAGCGGCUGGCAUUGAACAGGAAAGGCGCCGAAGAUGCUCAGAGACUCAAACUCACCAAAGCGUUCGUUGUGAAAAAAGGCCUUUUUGAGACGUUUUUUAAAUGUAUAGACUUGAAAUCGAGAACUUGAACUCUCAAAUGGAGGCCGACAAAGAGCUAAUUGAGACUCGUUUGGAAGAAAUCAAAACCUUGAAAGUGAGAAUCGUCGAGUUGAAAAAGACUUUCGACGAAAUCAGUGUAUGUUGUUUGAGUGUUUCGAAAAAGAAGUUCUUUUCUUUUUCAGACGAAAGAGAAAGAGCUGAGAGAGCGGCUGGACGCCGAGAAAGGACGCAUCCGACAGCACGAUAACCAAGCCAAAGACUGCAUGAAGAAAAUCGACAAUCUUCAGAACAAAAUCAAGAAAUUGGUCGGUUUUCCCUGAAUCUCCCCCUAAAAAGAAACGAAACGGACUACUCAUUUCAGCUCCUUUUUUAUAAUCUUUCACAUUUAUAGCAAGUAGACAUCGAAAGGUUGAAAGGCCAGAAAGAAGGCGCUCUGGGCGAAGCACAAAGCGCCAGGUCCAAGGUCGAGUCGCUCUUCGAAUUUCUCUCAUUCUCGAAAGUUCAGGCAGCACAGGAAAAGAAGAAAAAUGAAUGGAUCGCUCAGGAGGAACCACAUUUCAACAAGAAGAAUACCGAGUUCGACUUCACAGGGUCAGUGGCUUAGAAAAGGAAAAAGAAUUGACAAAAAAAAAUCGAGUUUUUAAUGAAGUAAAUUUUUUUGUGGGUAUUCAUAUUCCUUCAAACAGAUUAUAAGAUCCCACCGCAAGUGUAUAAUUUUUGUUCAGAGUGGGUCGAAACUAAGAAAAUAUUUUGAAAAAAAAAAAGAAAUAAUCCAAUUUCCAACGCAAUCCUGAAAUUGAGCUCGAAAAAGUUUCUAACUUUUUUUCAAUCAAGCCUUUUUCUGUUGAACACAUUUUUAGUAUACUUUGCGGUUUGGAAUUUUCUGAAAAUAUGUCAGAACAUCUCUUAGAGUACCAAAUUAUGGUCCUGAAAAUAUUAACAUGCAAAACUUCCUAGUUUUUAAGAAAUAAGAGCUCAAAUCCUCAAAAAUGACCUGUUUGACGAAUUUUGAAGGUUUUCUUUGACUUUGAGGUGUUCUCUCACAAAAACUAGCAAUUUUGCAGGUCCAGACUCUCAGAAUACUCCUUUGGUACUUCAAUGAGUGUUCUGAGUAAUUUUCAGGGGACUCCCAAUCACAAUUUGAAAUAAUCUUUCUUGUUAGUUGUUGAGCAAAAUAAUUUUUUGAAAAUGAGGAAAAUAAGCCUCACUAUUUUGACCCGCUGUCUUUUGCAAUGUUCAAAGUAUUUAAUUUUUUUUCGAUUACAGACUUGACGAUAAGAAGAUCGUGGCCGAGAUCGAGUCUCAUGACAAGAAGCUGAAAGAAUUGGAAAGGAAGGUCAAUCCCAAGAUAUCGAACAUUGUGGAUUCAGCCGAGGCUAAGGUUCACUACUUUUUCCUUCCAACUGUGUCUAAUUCAUGAAAUUUCUGUUAUAUAGUGUAGUCAGUGACGUUUUUGAAACACAGCAGAAUAAUCUACCGUAGACACAGCUCUCCACCAGGGCGAUUUAAUUGCAACGGGUCUCAAAGCGAAGUUUAUAUAGUGUACACGUUUUUUUCGGAAGGAAAAAAAAAUGGAUGAGCUGGUGUGAAAUGCCAUAUAGGCAUGUGUCUAUAUGUGAAUAUAUAUAAAACCUUUAAAUUUUUUUCCAAAAUAAGGAAAGUGCAAUAAAUUUUUUUAUCAAGAAAGCAUGAAAAGUUCUAGGUAAUCGAACUAAAAAGAAAGAAAGCGCAAAUCGACGACGACAAAAGCAGAUUAAUCACGACCAUCAGCUCUCUGGACGUACGCAAGGACCAGGAGAUUAUGCGCGCAUACGAGGCCGUCAACAAGGUGUGUUCGUGGCCGAGUGCCUGUGUUUUGGGACACUGCGCGUGGGGUACGAGGUUCGAACCCUCUCCUCGCGUAGAAAUGAGCGACCAGUGAUGUUUAAUACUACGAUUUAAGUCGAAUGAAUGUGAGAUGAAUUUCAACCCUGAGGCAGCUUAUUUUGCGUCUUUUUUAAAUUUCAAACUGCUUUCAAAAAAAGCUAAACUUUUUACGCUAUUCUGGAACUGAAGCAGCUGAAAAUAUUUCUUCCAGGAUUUCGGUAACAUUUUCUCAACUCUUCUCCCUGGAACGACUGCGAAACUAUCUCCUUUGCCUGGCAAGUCAGUUCUUGAAGGCCUUGAGUUCAAAGUGGCCUUCAACGGCCAGUGGAAAGAAAGUCUCUCGGAACUCUCUGGAGGUUCCCAGUUUUUUACUGCGACUUCUUUUAUUUGUGGCUUGAGGUCAACGUUCUCUGGUAGCCCUUUCGUUAGUCUUGGCUAUGCUGAAGUUCAAACCAGCGCCUCUUUACAUUCUUGACGAAGUCGACGCUGCUUUGGAUCUCAGCCAUACUGCAAACAUUGGCAAGAUGAUCAAGACUCACUUUACAAAUAGUCAGGUUCGACUUUUUUUAAUUUCCAAAGUUGUGUAAUGUAAUGCUGUGUUCGAAGUAAUUCCCGCAAAAAGCGAAAUCAUCUCUGACUCUCCAAAAUUUAGUUUUCCUUUUCUUUUUCUGACGGCCAUUUUGGAUUUCGCGGCAUCACUUUGAACACGGCAUUAAUUCCCACUCUGAAACUUUUUUUUAAUUAUAAUGAACAAUUUACAGUUCAUCAUUGUCUCGCUGAAAGAAGGCAUGUUCAGUCAUGCUAACGUUCUUUACCAAACGAAGUUUGUCGACGGAAGCUCAGAAGUCAGAAGGACGGACAAUCGGAAGUGA